AUGGUGUUUGAGCUACUGAAGAAUAUUGUACUGGGACACAAGGAAGAGAAGGCGAGACUCUACAAGCAGAACGAGUAUCUUGGAACAGUUGACGUCAAGAUCAGCGACAACGAGAUUGAGAUAUUCACGGACGAGUUUGACGUAACAGACAUCAAGCAGAUUGCGAACAAGAAGGAUCAUCUGGUGAUCAAAACCAAGGAGGCAAAGUACCGGAUAUUCGACAGAAAUCACGACCAAAUCUACGAAAUGAUCCAUCCGAUCAUUGAGCCAGAGAAGACGCUCUUUGAGUCCGAUGACUUCGAUUACUACGUCUAUGACACGGUGAAGCAGUGCUUCACCCUUGUCGACCUGGACGAGAAGAAGAUCACGGUCUGCGAGGAUCUUGGUGGAUUCUACCUCAGUCUCGAGGAGGAAGAGAGAGUCGUCCACUUCCAGCCCAUUACGUCUGCCACCCAGUACUACAUGGAUAAGGCAAAUAGGACAGUUGUCUGGUCCAUCUUCAAGGAGAGAAAGUACCAGACAUUCAGCAUCAAGUUCAAGGAGAACCUCGACUUCCUGAAGUUCCUGACUUCCUUCGUGGAGUGCACCUACAGGUCGGUGAAUGAGGAUGGAACUGAUUCCAAGUACUUCGAGGAGAUGUUUGUGACUGUGGAAGAGAAGAAGGAGGAAGAGAAGGAGGACUGGACCGAGUACGCCGGUGCCACUGAGAAUAGUCCGCCUGAAUUCGUAACAGAAGAAGGGGUGGAGAACAGGAACCUUGUUGUGGACGAUAGAAGCGUGUUUGUGACUCGUGGAAGGGCAUUGGGGGUGUUUGACACCAACUUAAACUUCAGAACUCAGGUUGUGAAUGCGUUUGACAAUCCAAGUAAGGUUGAGACGUAUCGGGGUCACAGCAGUCUCCUGGGGCAGACGAAGAAGGACGAGCUGAGUCUGCUCGACCUGGAGAAGGGCGAGGUUGUUGACAGGUGGAGCCUGAAGGAGAUGAACGACUUCUUCCACGCCAAAAGGAGGGAGAAUGACGGGACACUGGUUGGGAUAGGAGACUACAGUCUCUUUCGAAUAGACCCAAGGACGAAGGAGAAAGUGGUGGAGGCAAAGGAGUACAAGACGAAGAACGAGUUUAAGGUUGGAAUUGCGACUGAAAGGGGCGACGUGGCCGUUGCAAGUGCAAAGGGAGACCUGCGCCUCUACAACGACGUGGGAAAGAGGGCCAAGUCGCUCAUAAACGGGUUUGGAGACUGUGCUACGGGCAUUGACUCGUCUAAGAGUGGCUCACUGGUUCUAUGCACCUACAAGUCGUACAUUCUGCUCUACGAGGUGGGCAGCGACUACUCGAUUGGCCUAGGAAGGAGGAAGAAGUCGCCUCGUCGCCUCCACCUGAAGCCAGAGCACCUGGCCCUGAUAAACGCAGGCGUCUGCUUCACCGUGGCCAAGUUUGACCAGAAUGACAGGCAGAUUGUGAGUUCGACUGGAAAGUACCUGAUUAGGUGGAAUGUGGCCGACGUCCUGGAGAACAAGGUGCACCGAUACUCGAUCAGGACGUUCUGCGACGAGGUGGUCGACGAGAACUUCGCUGCCGAUGGAGAGGGCGUGAUUGUGGCACUGCCCAAUGACGUGAGGAGACUGUAG